AAUCAAAUAUAAGUGACAAAGAGGAACCACAGAAUGAAAUGGAUUCGCAGGAUGAACUGGAUUCACAAUAUAAAAUGGAUUCGCAAGAUGAAAUGGAUUCGCAAGAUAAAAUAGAUUCACAAAAUGAAACAGAUUCCCAAGAUGAGAAUGAGAGUGAUCUGCAAAACAAAAUUGAGCAAAUUGGAAUGCUGGACGAAAUAGGAAUGCUAGAGGAUGACUAUGUAAUGGAGAAGGAUGACAAUAGCGACA